UUUCAUAAAUCCAAUAUGGUGUUUCGACGCGUUGUUUUCUUAUACAUAUCUUGUUUGGAGGGUUUGAAGUAAGAGCCAGGGGCCUACAUGUGAUGUCUGACGAAUACUAUUAAAUAUUUUUCGACGUUCGAUUACGUUUAUAAAAAUUUUCACCAUGCAAUGAUUGUUCAAUAGUAAAAAAUGGUCCGAAAGUGUUGCGCUUGUUUCAAAGGUUGCGGCAAGGGGGAGAAGAUAACCUUACACAAGUACUAAUCAACGAAUAAAAAGUAAUGAGCUAUGCAAAUUUACAAUGCAGAUUUCCUAGAGAUCAAUUUGUUCGGCGACAAUGGGUGAAUGCAAUUCAACGUAAAAACUUUAUGCCAAGCAAUACAAGUGUUCUAUGCAGCAGACAUUUCACCGCUGAAUGUUUUACAUAUGGAAAGUCUGGCAGCCAAAAGAGGGUAUUUAUAAAACCUAACGCAGUUCCUACCUUAUUUCCACCGAUAACGCAAUCCAGGAGAUCCUUAAUGCGAUCACUCCUCCCACCUCCGACUAAGACAGAAUGCCCUGAAAAUGGAUUUCUUGCAAGUCAAUCGAGCAAUCCUGAAGAAUAUGUAAAGCUGGAAGCGCAAGCGUAUACCGAUACCAAUGUCAGUGAAGCUGGUAUGUCGAUAGAAUCAGCAGAAAAUGUAUUGGACAUAGAAUUCCUAAAAGAGCAAGGCAGCUCCAUAGACUGGGUCGAACAUUUUGACCAAAGCAAUAGCUCACCGCCACACGUCAAUGAACAGAGUGCCUCUAUAGACUGGGUUCAGCAUUGUGAACGAAGCAACGACUCUAUCGCACAAUACAAUAGAGAGUCCAACCCUCCAUCUUGCGCUGAAGGAGAAAAGAAUUGUGAUGAUAGUGACGAUGUAUUUGAGUUUAAAUCAAGAAGAAGAAUUCUUAAGAAUUUGAACUCAGCAUUGAGCCGCAUAGCAGCACAGCGCAAAGAGUUGAAAAUUGUAAAACAGAAAAAUAGGUUACUUGAGAAGCGUUUAUCCAUACUUAAAGCACUGUUGACGCAUGUUCUAAGUGAAAAAAUACUUUCAGAAGAUGAAAACAUGUCAGAUUCAGAAUCAGAAUCUGAAAUUUGGAGCGGGUGAUGUUAGAUGCUGGAGUUCGGAAGA